UCAAAGAGUAUACAUUGAUUUGCCAAAUUCUUAAAUAAGAAAUUCAAAGAGUCAGUCAUGUUGAGGGAAAAUACAACGAUUACGAAUCGUCAACUGUCAACCAAUCAUGACAACAAAAAUUUAGCGCAAACAAACGUGAACACGGUUGUGAUAAAUCUAUUUUGUGGAGCGCUAGCUGGUGGUACUGGAAAAACUGUGAUAGCCCCAUUGGAUCGUGCCAAAAUCAAUUUUCAAAUUCACAAAGAUAUUCCCUAUUCCUUUCGUGCAGCCACUUUAUUCCUUCGGAACACUUUACAAAAUGAGGGCUUUUUUGCAUUAUGGAGAGGAAACUCCGCAACGAUGGCACGUAUUAUACCCUACGCAGCCAUACAAUUCACAUCUCACGAACAAUGGAAAAAAGUGUUGUCUGUAGAUAAAGAUCAAAGUACAAGUGGCCGGAGGUUUUUGGCAGGUUCAUUAGCCGGAAUAACAUCACAAUCUUGUACAUACCCAUUAGAUUUAGCUAGGGCACGAAUGGCAGUUACCGACAAAUACACUGGCUACAAGUCGCUGAGACAAGUAUUCGUAAAAAUUUGGAUUGACGAAGGGCCAAGAACUUUAUUUCGCGGUUACGGGGCAACAAUUUUGGGUGUAAUUCCAUAUGCUGGGACAUCAUUUUUUACAUUUGAAACUUUAAAGCGUAAACAUCAUGACUUGACCGGAGAGAAACCGCAGCCAAUUAACUCGUUUGUUUAUGGAUCGAUGGCCGGUGUUAUAGGUCAAACGACUAGUUACCCAUUAGAUAUAGUACGAAGACGAAUGCAAACGGUUGGCAUGAUAAAACAACCACCGCAUAAAACCAUUCAUUAUCAAACCAUUUGGUCAAGCAUUAAAAUUAUUUACAAAAAUGAAGGCAUUAGGAAGGGAUUUUUCAAAGGAUUAAGUAUGAAUUGGGUGAAAGGUCCAAUAGCGGUUGGCAUUAGUUUCACCACAUUUGAAUAUACCAAAGAUUUUCUAACUGUUUACAUGUCGGUUCGAAGCCAAUAAAAUGACGAUGCAUGAUAAUCAGUGCCUAAUAUUAGAAUAAUACCAUGCGUUGGAGGGAAUAGAUCGAGUCAAUACCCAAUAGUUGUUGUUUUUUUAAUUCUCUUUGUAAAAGCAUUCAUUCAUGCUGAUGUGUCAAUAAUUGUAUAUUUCUAUCGCAAUGCAAAAUUGACUUUUUUAGAAGAAAUAUUUUAAUUUUUUUUUUACUUCUUUAUAGACUUUUGUCUGAAUUGAAAAAAAUAAAUUUGUUAAUUUUAUGGAACUAACUGAAGACAAUAUUACUCGACACACUUUAGUGUAAUUAAGAGCUUUGUUGUAGGUGCUGCUUAUU